AUGUUUAACAUGUUAUUGGUCAUGGUUAAAAUGUUAUUGGUCAUUGUAGGUGGCUGCGUUUCCACUAGGGUCGUCGCCAAUACAACGUUCCCGGUUCGUGACGACCAGGCAGGAACAGCAUUUAGAUAUCUCAAAUUUGCUCUUGUUACCUUUUCCCUAUAUACCUUGUUCCACACCGUCCACAACGCCUCCAAUAUUGUCGGGUCUUAUCUAUUCCGAGACGGUGGAAAUAUCGUCGAGUCGGCAUAUUACCCUGUAUUUCGGGUUCUUCGCUUUUGCUCAGGGAUCUCUAUAGGAAUUUCCCAGAGAUGCGAGUUGUACAUGGACAUCUUUAUCGGAAUUAUCCUCCUUCGUCUAAUUACUGCUAUCCUCACUGUUCGUUUCAGAAGCACUGGACCUGCCGUCAAGAGCAUUCAAUUUGCUUCCUACAUCAUAUCUUUUGGGCUGGUCGCUCCGGCUCUCGUUAAACUUGCCCUUGACUUUGUCAUUAUACGUGAGAUGUACCCAGAUGGUGAAUCAGAGAUUCCCUUUUCCCUGUUCAAUGCGGCGUUCCACCAUGUUUUCAUGCAAGUUCUUUUUAUCAUGUCUGUUCCGGUUGUUGCUGGAGCCGUCAUGGUGAAAAUACAGACAAGUGAUGACAAGAGUCUUACUUGGGCCUCUACUAUGCUUGUCGCUGCUUCUGUCAUCUGGCUAACGCACACAUUCAUGCAAGCUUUUGGAAUCUGGUACUUUAAUGGCCACGCUGUCUUCGACUAUUUGGACGUCGCUUUUGGCAUUUGGUCACAGAUUUUGGUUUUAAUAUUAGUUUAUGCCAUGUGGCUUGAUAGAGCCAACGGGACCUGGUCUAAACAGAAUUAUUUGACACAGGCUCAGAAGAUCCAGUAG